AUGCUUCCUCUCUUCUUCAAAGUACUUCCUCUCUUGAUCAAGAUGCUUCCUCUCUUGAUCAAGGUGCUUCCUCUCUUCAUCAAGAUGCUUCCUCUCUUCUUAAAAGUACUUCCUCUCUUCAACAAAGUGCUUCCUCUCUUCAACAAAGUGCUUCCUCUCUUGAUCAAGAUGCUUCCUCUCUUCAUCAAAGUACUUCCUCUCUUCUUCAAAGUACUUCCUCUCUUGAUCAAGGUGCUUCCUCUCUUCAACAAAGUACUUCCUCUCUUGAUCAAGAUGCUUCCUCUCUUGAUCAAGGUGCUUCCUCUCUUCAACAAGAUGCUUCCUCUCUUCUUCAAAGUACUUCCUCUCUUGAUCAAGAUGCAGCUUCCUCUCUUCAACAAAGUGCUUCCUCUCUUGAUCAAGGUGCUUCCUCUCUUCAUCAAGAUGCUUCCUCUCUUCUUCAAAGUACUUCCUCUCUUGAUCAAGGUGCUUCCUCUCUUCAUCAAGAUGCUUCCUCUCUUCAACAAAGUGCUUCCUCUAUUCUUCAAAGUACUUCCUCUCUUGAUCAAGAUGCUUCCUCUCUUCUUCAAAGUACUUCCUCUCUUGAUCAAGGUGCUUCCUCUCUUCAUCAAAGUACUUCCUCUCUUGAUCAAGGUGCUUCCUCUCUUCAACAAAGUGCUUCCUCUCUUCAUCAAGAUGCUUCCUCUCUUCUUAAAAGUACUUCCUCUCUUCAACAAAGUGCUUCCUCUCUUCAACAAAGUGCUUCCUCUCUUGAUCAAGAUGCUUCCUCUCUUCAUCAAAGUACUUCCUCUCUUCUUCAAAGUACUUCCUCUCUUGAUCAAGGUGCUUCCUCUCUUCAACAAAGUACUUCCUCUCUUGAUCAAGAUGCUUCCUCUCUUGAUCAAGGUGCUUCCUCUCUUCAACAAGAUGCUUCCUCUCUUCUUCAAAGUACUUCCUCUCUUGAUCAAGAUGCAGCUUCCUCUCUUCAACAAAGUGCUUCCUCUCUUCUUCAAAGUACUUCCUCUCUUGAUCAAGAUGCUUCCUCUCUUGAUCAAGGUGCUUCCUCUCUUCAACAAAGUGCUUCCUCUAUUCUUCAAAGUACUUCCUCUCUUCAUCAAGAUGCUUCCUCUCUUCUUCAAAGUACUUCCUCUCUUCUUCAAAGUACUUCCUCUCUUGAUCAAGGUGCUUCCUCUCUUCAACAAAGUACUUCCUCUCUUGAUCAAGAUGCUUCCUCUCUUGAUCAAGGUGCUUCCUCUCUUCAACAAGAUGCUUCCUCUCUUCUUCAAAGUACUUCCUCUCUUGAUCAAGAUGCAGCUUCCUCUCUUCAACAAAGUGCUUCCUCUCUUGAUCAAGGUGCUUCCUCUCUUCAUCAAGAUGCUUCCUCUCUUCUUCAAAGUACUUCCUCUCUUGAUCAAGGUGCUUCCUCUCUUCAUCAAGAUGCUUCCUCUCUUCAACAAAGUGCUUCCUCUAUUCUUCAAAGUACUUCCUCUCUUGAUCAAGAUGCUUCCUCUCUUCUUCAAAGUACUUCCUCUCUUGAUCAAGGUGCUUCCUCUCUUCAUCAAAGUACUUCCUCUCUUGAUCAAGGUGCUUCCUCUCUUCAACAAAGUGCUUCCUCUCUUCAUCAAGAUGCUUCCUCUCUUCUUAAAAGUACUUCCUCUCUUCAACAAAGUGCUUCCUCUCUUCAACAAAGUGCUUCCUCUCUUGAUCAAGAUGCUUCCUCUCUUCAUCAAAGUACUUCCUCUCUUCUUCAAAGUACUUCCUCUCUUGAUCAAGGUGCUUCCUCUCUUCAACAAAGUACUUCCUCUCUUGAUCAAGAUGCUUCCUCUCUUGAUCAAGGUGCUUCCUCUCUUCAACAAGAUGCUUCCUCUCUUCUUCAAAGUACUUCCUCUCUUGAUCAAGAUGCAGCUUCCUCUCUUCAACAAAGUGCUUCCUCUCUUGAUCAAGGUGCUUCCUCUCUUCAUCAAGAUGCUUCCUCUCUUCUUCAAAGUACUUCCUCUCUUGAUCAAGGUGCUUCCUCUCUUCAUCAAGAUGCUUCCUCUCUUCUUCAAAGUACUUCCUCUCUUGAUCAAGAUGCUUCCUCUCUUGAUCAAGGUGCUUCCUCUCUUCAACAAAGUGCUUCCUCUAUUCUUCAAAGUACUUCCUCUCUUCAUCAAGAUGCUUCCUCUCUUCUUCAAAGUACUUCCUCUCUUGAUCAAGGUGCUUCCUCUCUUCAUCAAAGUACUUCCUCUCUUGAUCAAGGUGCUUCCUCUCUUCAACAAAGUGCUUCCUCUCUUGCUCAAGAUGCUUCCUCUCUUCAUCAAAGUGCUUCCUCUCUUCAUCAUGCAGCUUCCUCACUACAUCAUGCAGCUUCCUCUCUUGAUCAAGGUGCUUCCACUCUUCAACAAAGUACUUCCUCUCUUGAUCAAGAUGCUUCCUCUCUAA